AUGCAUAAGAUUUGCAACGUACUUAAACAAUUUGAAUUAUCGGAUAAAACGCUUUUCGCGUCCAAAAUUCUUUUCCUACAAUUAACCUUCACACGACAAGCAUGCAAUGAGGCUAGUCAUCUCACUUUUCAAACAAACAAAGCAUAUAAAUAUCAAAUUACAUUUGUUUUCACGGUUGAAAACAAAGCAGUUAAGAACAAAACACACUGGCUCUACGAAUCACUCGAAAAGAGACAGUGA